GACGGGGCCGCCACAUGUCCGCCGCCACCCCAGCGCCCCCCGCCGCAGCGUGACGGCACCCCGGGGGCGGGGCCCACGGCAGGUGGCAGCGGGCGGUGGCGGUGGCGGUGGCGGGGCGAGCCGGCGCGAAGCGGCGCGAAAUCCCCCAUUUCGUGAUAGUUUCCGGCGGGCGGGCGGAGAGCGGGUGACUCACUGGCGGCGCCAGGCAUAAAUAGGCGGGCGCCUACCUGGGAGCAGCAUUGGGUUCUCGGCGCCGAGCACUCGCAGAGCUUGAGACACAGCAAGAGUCCCCGCCACAGCCCCGCCUGGAGAUGAUCCUACCCUGCGCCCUGGUGGCUGUCCUCCUAGCUGCCAGCCACGCAGCCAACCCUUGCUGCUCAAACCCUUGUCAGAACAGAGGAGUAUGUAUGACAACAGGAUUUGAUCAGUAUGAAUGUGACUGUACAAGGACAGGGUAUUAUGGGGAAAACUGUACAACACCGGAAUUCUUCACGUGGCUGAAGCUGACAUUGAAACCUACACCAAAUACUGUCCACUACAUCCUCACCCACUUCAAAGGAGCCUGGAAUAUCAUCAACAACAUACCUUUCUUACGGGAUGCUAUUAUGAGAUAUGUAUUAACAUCAAGAUCACACCUGAUCGACAGCCCACCAACUUACAAUAGUGAUUAUAAUUACAAAAACUGGGAAGCUUAUUCCAACCUUUCCUAUUACACAAGAAGCCUUCCACCAGUAGGACUUGACUGUCCAACACCAAUGGGUGUGAAAGGUAAGAAAGAGCUCCCAGAUUCAAAGCUGAUUGUGGAAAAGUUUUUGCUAAGGAAAAAAUUUAUUCCUGACCCACAAGGCACAAAUGUGAUGUUCACGUUCUUUGCCCAACACUUCACUCAUCAGUUCUUCAAGACAGACCACAAGAAAGGACCUGGCUUCACCAAAGGUCUUGGCCAUGGGGUUGACUUAAACCAUAUUUAUGGAGAGACUCUGGAGAGGCAACUUAAACUGAGACUUCUGAAGGAUGGAAAGCUAAAAUACCAGAUGAUUGAUGGAGAAAUGUAUCCACCAACAGUGAAGGACACUCAGGCAGAGAUGAUCUACCCUCCUCACAUACCAGAACACUUGCAGUUUUCUGUUGGGCAGGAGGUGUUUGGUUUGGUCCCAGGCUUGAUGAUGUAUGCUACAAUAUGGCUGAGGGAGCACAACCGGGUCUGUGAUAUCCUGAAACAGGAGCACCCAGAGUGGGAUGAUGAGCAGCUGUUCCAAACUACUAGACUCAUAUUGAUAGGAGAAACAAUCAAGAUUGUUAUUGAGGACUAUGUACAACACUUGAGUGGCUACCACUUCAAACUCAAGUUUGAUCCUGAGCUGCUGUUCAACCAGCGAUUUCAAUACCAGAAUCGAAUUGCAGCCGAAUUCAAUACUCUCUACCACUGGCACCCACUUCUGCCUGACACUUUCCAAAUACAUGACCAGGAGUACACUUUCCAGCAGUUUCUCUACAACAACUCCAUAAUGCUGGAACAUGGCCUUUCCCAUAUGGUGAAAUCUUUCUCCAAGCAAAGUGCUGGCAGGGUUGCUGGUGGGAAAAACGUUCCUGCUGCAGUACAGAAAGUAGCAAAGGCUUCAAUUGACCAAAGCAGACAAAUGAGAUACCAGUCCUUGAAUGAGUACAGGAAACGCUUCAUGUUGAAACCAUUCAAAUCAUUUGAAGAACUUACAGGAGAAAAAGAAAUGGCAGCUGAACUGGAAGAGCUUUAUGGAGACAUUGAUGCUAUGGAGCUGUACCCAGGCCUUCUUGUAGAAAAGCCACGACCAGGUGCCAUCUUCGGUGAAACAAUGGUGGAGAUUGGAGCACCGUUCUCUCUGAAAGGACUCAUGGGAAAUGCUAUCUGCUCCCCUGAGUACUGGAAGCCUAGCACCUUUGGUGGAAAAGUUGGAUUUGAAAUAAUCAAUACUGCAUCCUUACAGAAGCUCAUCUGCAACAAUGUGAAAGGCUGUCCCUUCACAGCUUUCCACAUCUUAAAUCCUGAACCCACAGAGGCAACUAUUAAUGUUAGUACCUCAAAAACAGCAAUGGAAGACAUCAAUCCCACACUACUACUGAAAGAACGAUCUGCUGAGUUGUAAAAAUCCAUCUAUUUAUUUAUUUAACUAUAUAAUUUAUUCUAUUUAUGGCUUAAAGUUGU